AUAGCAAAAAUAGCACAUGCUUCUUGCAAUAAGAAAAAAAGAUUUUUGAAAAUCUGUAAUGACCCGAUCAUGGGUAUGUGUUUCUGAGUGAUUGAACAUAAAACACAAAACCUAUAUUUGAAUGAUCAAUUACAUGAUAGAAUUACAUUAUAGACCUUCAUAAGUGCAACUUUAAAAAUGUGUUUCAAUUUUUAGCUGCUUUUUUUCUUUAAAAAAAAUAAUAAUUGCAAAACUAUUGACAAAUAUAAACAGUGCCAGUUAGGUGUAAUGGCUUUGGCUCUGGGUAGCAAGGCUUUGUGGAGUGCUAUGAUGGAAAAAGUGACCUUUUAUCUAUAAUCUACUCAGAUCUAUACAUUUUAAUAUUUCUAUCCUUCUUGUAUCUUAAUCAGUUGAAAAAAAAACAACUACUGCAUAAAUGUCUGUCUAUAAAUGAGCAUAUCCUUACAUUGAUUAAAUAUUGCAAUAAUUCAUUUUGUGAAAUUAAAAUUGUAUGUACUAUGGAGUUAUUAGAGUGGUAUAGUUUAUUUGUGUAAUGUCUCCCACAAAUAUUGUUUACAGCUCAUGAAAUCCCCAAAUUCAGUUUAUUAACUAUUUUGUUUGCCUCAUAGGACCAAUUAAAAAGCUGAUUUUAAACACUGGUGCCAUAAUACAUAUUCAUUGGGUAGAUUGUUAACUUGAGUUUCUUAAGCAGACAUCAAUAAACCCUUCAACAGGCAGGUUAAACCACAAACAGUCAUAGAUGAAGAAGCUGUGUGGUGAACACCUGGGGUAACGAGUGGCACUCCUGAAGAUAUCUUAUUUGGAAAAUCAAGGUCCAACUCUUUCAGUGCUGUUGCUUUAUUGUGUUUUGUCAACUCCAAAGUCAGCUCAGCUGUUUACAAAGGGUUAUAUAGAGUGCUUCAUGUUUCCUUCUGUUGACAAGCUUUAUGAAGAUGAUAAUAAAAUCUUAUCGUAAUUAAAUUAUGAUGAAAUCUUCAGGCAGGUUUUGGCACCUGGCCGCAAUACCAAACCCACCAGUACCUGCAGCUGAAUGAUCAUGAUCUCACUGCUUGGUUAGCCAAACUCGUCUGAAAUAAAUCCAGAAAAAAUUUGUGAAGCUCAGUCUGAGAUGAUAGACACAACAGCCCACACAGCAAGCGAGCUAAAUCUAGUAUUAAGUCCAAUCAGGAUUUAUAUUAAGAGAGCUACAGGCUCAUUGCCCCCAAACCGUGCUGCAUUGAUGCAGUAAUUCAUGCAAAAAGGGCUCUGUGUAUUCAUUUCCAACAUAGUGUUUGCACUCAAAACUUGUUCGGGAAACAAAUAUAGUAUAUUAAAAUACAGCCCAGAAGGUUUAAAAAUGUUUUAAUUACCAGAGAAACACGAUUUUUGGCUUUUGCGCAAUCAAAAUUAAUAUAAACACUGAAAGAAUAUCACUUUGUGAGUAAUACAAACUACAUUUGUGAUGUCAUUCUCAUUUACCGAUAUGCACCCGUGAGAGAAAAUCAUUUUGAAAGAGACUUUCAUAUUAUCAGCCGUCCAGUGAGCCAGCCAGCGGUGUUUAGAGCGCCCCCUAUGCCUUGACGUCAGAAAAAACAGCUCUGGGCCGCUUAAGUUUCACUUUCUGAUUACUGGAAGCGGCGAUUACUCAUAACGACGGACCAAAAUGAGCACAGACGUCCAUGGUUUUAUUUGUUCGUAAAUAAUCGACAGCUUAAGCCGAGGUAUGUACUAUCUAAACGGUGCAAAUAGACUUCGCGUUAUUCAGCUUAUUUAGUGGUGUUGAGAUUCGGUGAAAUUUGAUGCCUUCAUUUGUGUCUCCUCGCCACUUUCGUUUUUUACAGGUUCAGUUCGUCGCGCAGGGAGGUAACCCGGAAGAUACAAGAGAAACCACUAUAUUGCUCUCUGCCUUUUACUCCAUUUGUUAAAGAAAAUGAACAUUUUACUGAAGGAAAUACGGGACUACAAAUCGGACGCGGCAAAGGUGCUUCAAAGAGCAGAUUUCUGCUCAGACUCCGAGAUCCAGUCUCUCACCAGAGAAGAUCUGCAUGAGCUUUUUCCUGGAGCUGAAAAGCUAAAGCUGAGAAGGAAAAUCUUUGAAAUAAUAAACAAACAGAAACCAGUUGAGAAGCUUCUGCAAGACCUUAGGGGUUUCAUCCCAGAGGAUUCUAUAAAGGAUGCCCUAUCCAGCAAUGGGGUGUUGGUUGACUACCUCCGUCUCCUGAAGGAUAUGAAGGCUCAGCUGAACCAUGUGCAGAGUUUCAUUGAUGCACACGUAGGUUUACUGGAGGACAUCAAAGCUCAGCCACAGCAGAAACAUGAUCCAGGUCCUCCAGCUAAGACGCUGGAUACUCCAAGAAAGACGGUGGAUACUCCAACUAGGACACUGGAUACUCAAAUAACUUCCAGAAAUCUUUCAAAUGACACCCCUACACAAAAAUCUCAUGUGACAGGGGACCAAAGUGCUCGGUAUUCCAUGCCAUCGAGGUCUGGCAAUUAUGGUGCACAAGUGAUGGGGUUCAAGUACAGAACAGUGAUCAGCGGUCAAACAUUUAACGCUCAUAAUCAGAUUCUGGAAAAUCUGAAGAGCUCACCCCAUCAUCUGAACCUGGUGGAGAGCCAGAACAGUGAGGAUUGCCAGAUUGUUUUCGUCUUCUGUCCCAUCUCUUCACGGACAGGGACAGACGUGGAUGCAGCCAUGAAAAUGGUUACAGAUGAUAAACCAGUCAUUCUGGUUUUGAUGCAUCACGCUCAUGAAGCAAAACACGUCACCCCGAUGGGAACCUGGGACCAUAACCCUAAGAUUGUGCAACAUGUCAAUGUUUUCUACCAUGAGACAACGAGAGGAUUACUAGACUGCAAAGAAAAUAAUGGGGCCAUCUCUACAAUAGGCACAGAAUUAAGAAAACAUGGAGCAAAAGCUGAGCCAGGUGAAUAUUCAGCAAGCACAGGAGGUCUCUACAGAGCUUUCUCUCUGGGUAAUAAUGACCGCACUGGACAUCACAUUGAGAAUAAAAGCUAUUUUCCUUUGAAUUUAUUUAGUAAGUCAUAGCUGCCAAUGGGUGCGCUGAUUGGGACAGUUAUAACAACCAACAGUGUAAAACAGUUUCUGUCUGUAUUAAUCAUAUUAAUUAUGUUUCUUAUGUUAAUUACUACUACUAUUUAUAGUUAAUUCUCUGUCUUUUACUACAUAAUUAGUAAUUUUGCAUGCAUUCAGACUACCCUUUGUCCAACGCAAAUAGAAAUUUUAUUAUUGCACAGAUGUAAGGGAUGGAAAUGGCAUGUUUGACUUUACUGUUCUGUGUAAAUGCUUUCUGACAUCUUCGUGACUGUAAACAGGGAUUUUAUUCCACCACAUAAACCAAAAAUAUCAAGAGUUGUUGUGUCAUCGCUUCUCUUUAUUUUCAACCAUAAUUAAGACAAAACUUUAAUAACAAAGUCCCUCUUUUAUGUUGUCUAGGCUAGGGUUUUGUAUUGAAUAACCUGGUCCAUUGCAAAGCCACAUAUAUUGUAACUGUUGCUGUUGAAUUUAUUCGUGUAACGACAAAUUCAGAAACAUUUGACCAAAGCGCUUUGCUGUUUAGCCAAACCAACAUCAAAAUAAAGAAGAAAAGAAGUACGUAGUACCAGUUAGGAUGAUGAUGUGUUUUUGUUUCCAAUGUGAAAUCAACGUAAGCAAAAGCCUUUGGUUAGCUGCCUGCUUAGAAUAUCAUGCCUGUAAAUUGUAUGUUUCUUUUCCUAAUGAUGUGUUAUUCAUGUCAAGUCAUAUUCAAGUCAGACUGACUUGUAUUUUGUAUUAAUCACUCAAUAAAAAAAGGUCCCAGGGUGUGUCCUGUACCUGUCAGCG